AUGGCCGAGUUAUCAAUUGCUGCUGUGUUCACUCAUGUUACAGUCGAUGCCUGCGUCCUGAAGUUCUGGCUACUUCUUUUGGGCGGCGUGGUGGCCUUCUUCGGUUGGAUAGUUCUUGUUUCUCGCUAUGCCCAAGUCUGGGGGCCCAGUCCCUCUUUUGAGGCUGCUACCACAUUCACCACGCUCAUUAAUAUGACUAACAGCAGUCAUUACAAGAUUGCAAAUCCUGCUAGUCUGUUCUAUGGUGAUAUUUGGUGUGCUUUGGCGUUAAUGGCCGCUAUUGACGCAUCUACCAUAGUCAUGAACUUCAACCGUUCGCUCAUUCACCAGUUUCACUACUUCAUCAGUCUACGUAUGACAUCGCUAGCUUUCAUCAUUUCCGCUCCAUUUCUCUUGCUACACAGUGACGGGCACAACAGCUCAAGUCUGGUCUACCACCCGCUUGCUAUAUUCAUGGUGUGUUGUAUUGUAUAUAUACUGGCUAUUUUUGUCACCAAUAAACUCCACAAGCUGCUGCCCGUCCGCGGCGUGGGGGCUUCCAGGGGUUGCCUCGAGAAAUUCAGCAAGCAAUUGUGCCUAUUCGACCUGCCUUGGGUGCACAACAUACUUUUCGCUGCCAUUAACGGAGCAGUGGGGUUAGCUUUGGCAACGAUAAACCCCUCCGAAUGGUCAAUGAUGAACCCUCUCAUGCUUAUCACUUGGGAGGUAACAUUCCUCGGCCUGAUGGGAACCAAGCAGACACCACGCUAUAUUUGGUUCGCCACACCAAUCGUGCAGGCCUUUGUAUUCACGGAUUGGGGCUUGCGCCAGGUAGUUGCAGCUCCACGACUCGUCAUGGCUCCCGGGGUCUUCCUAUCAGUGAUGCUCACCGGCCGCCUAAUGCUCGACCUGCAUUUGCGCACUAUGUUCUGCCAUCGCUUGGAUUUCCAGUGGGCGCGCAAAGUGGUUCUUAUUCCAACCACUACUCUGAUUGAGUCAUGUGCCGGGAUGUUGCUGUUAGAAUAUCUCGGUAUACCAGUCGCCUCCUUCAUCAAGCCGAUCGCUGUGGUCAGUCUCCAUACGUUCGGUGUGUUAGUAUUCCUCAUACCAGCCUCAUAUGCCAUUGCCUUUGAUAAGAUCGAGACUAUUCGCAACUAA